AUGCCCAUUAUGCUCUCAUCACCUUACAACACAACCCAAUUUUCUGGUGGCCAAAUUAAUGUAUUGCCUCUCCCAGAAACAUCCUCUUCGACAGGCAGCAGCAAUCAGCAUAACAAUGCACAAUCAUCCUCAUCCUCAUAUGCACAUCAACAACAUUCACCUUCUUCAUCCUCAUCCAACUCGGGUGCUCGUGAACAUCCACGCAAGGUAGAAAAGCGCAAAUACGAUGCACAAUCAUCAUCAUCAUCAGCAGCAGCUGCCAGCAAAUCAAGUGGAACACGUACAGGCCGUGGUAGGAAACCACCCCAUGAACUCCUAAGUGAAGCCCAGAAAAAGGCAAACCAUAUUGCAUCCGAGCAAAAACGACGAGCCAAUAUCCGUAUUGGGUUUGAUCAAUUAGUGGAUAUGGUACCCACGCUGAGUCAUUCACAUCGUAGUGAAUCGGUCAUUUUGCAGAAAUCGGCUGAGUACAUCCGACAGCUGGUGAGCAACAAGAAUUCCUUACGUGAGCGUGUACGAGAAUUACAGACCGCAUUAGGAGAUGUGUAA